AUGCAGAACCUGGCCAAUUACUACUCAGACUCCCUUCUAAGUUCCUAUCUCAAUGAUUCAAAGGACACUUUGCCUACACAACCAGACCCCAAGGGUACAAUGGCUAGUCCAAAGCGGGCAAAUUAUACCCAUGGUGCUGGAGAUAACGAUACGAAUGAGAACCUGCCGCCUAGGCUUCCAGAAAUUGCAAUCAAUCCGGUUGAUGCACUGGAGAACAAUUUCAAUUCCACAUCGCUGAACUUUCAGGCCCCACCAUCGCAGAAUCUGAAAUUUCAACUGCAAAAAUUGACUACUAAUCAAAAUGUUAACCUGAGAAACUCCAUGGCCUCGCUAGCAACUUCCUACAACACGUUAUAUUCAUCUGUAUCAGACGAUACAGAUGAUUUGGAUUUACAGAGUGUCAGGCUCCAAUUGGAUAAAGUCGAGGAGCAGAAAAAGUCUCGGAUUGGCAAAUUUAAACGUCUUCUCCGUCGUAAUGAGCCGGAGCCUGAAGAAAUGGACGAAAACGCAAAGUUCAUGGCGUACGUGUUCCAGAAACUUCAAAAUAACUAUUAUUUCUAUGAGAAAACCUCUACAUUGAACGUUCCAUGGGAAGAUGCUGUCGAGGUGUUCUUCUUUGGCGAUACUUUGGAUAAUCUCUUUGAGUCUCUGCGUGGCUUACUAAAUUACGUGAUCCAAAGCUCGUUGGAAUUGGGAGAGCCUCGUUUUUCGAACUUGAACAGGUUCCAUACGGGAUCAGAAACAAACCCCACAGACCUUGUGGUUCAGCUUGUUCCAAAUUUGGAGAAGUUCAACAGUGUGCUUGAUCUUUAUGCUGAAUCUGAGUCCAACAUUGCUCGACCAGAGCUUUUCGAACUAUUUUCGAGUUUUACCAAUCUCUCGCACGGACUAUGUCUCCCGUUAGCCAUUGCCAUGUUUGGCCGGUGGCUUUUAGCCUAUAACCGAGAUUCGGCCGUGCAGAGCAACUACCAGAACUCUUUAAUCUUGAAUUAUUUCCGCAAAGCUGCACGCAUGGCCUUAGCAGUGGAAAAGGUCAAGCAUUUCUUUCAAUAUGACCAUUUGGAACAGAAUACGCGGUUGGCAGUGAAUCGUUACUUCAAUAAGGACAACAAAAAUGCACUUUCCAUUAGUCUCCAAAGUCUAGGCGAAUACUUUCAAUACGAGCAUGAUCACAAUACUUCAGUCACGCUAUGGGAGCUCAAUUGUCACCUAACCAAAGACCUGGAAAGUGGCAACUUGGCGAUUUUGGGACUAACCGAUGGAUACGGUUACGGUAACCAUAUCAAGGAACACAACCACAUGGGUAAGCGAUCGAAGACGAACAAAUUCAACACUAAGCGCAGAAUUGCGCAUUUGUAUCGUAUUCUCAUGAAACAGCCAGGGUUUGACGAAUACGGUGUGUCGUGGGCAGAGAAGGAGAAGUACGACUAG